CACAUUUUGCUAGAAAGGUUAAUUAAUUACUUAGAUAAGAAGCACGUGACAUCUAUAGCGCAGACGUUGGUUCUGAAUCCAGCCGGUGGAAAGAUGGAAUCUCCGAAGGUUUUGAAUCAGCCUGCCACGCCAAUCUUGAUCUUCUUUCUUACUGUUUCUUUAAUGCUCUCUGCAUCAGUUUCAGAAACAUAUGACUAUCUGCAAUACGUGGUACAAUGGCAACCUGCCCGGACCACUUGUGAGAUACUGUAAACGAGGGCCCGCAUUUAAGGAAACCGAGGUAAUAAAACAUUAACUGU